AUGGCAAAAUUCGUUGCUCGACAGCGCAAGCACAGGGUGCUUGCCCGUGAGAGAGCCAAGGAAAAUGGCCGCCACGACGUCGCAGACCCCAAUAAAGAAAUCAUCGACUCGGCCGACAAGCAGGAAUGGGCGGACAAGCGCGCGCGCAUGAAGGAGGAGCUGAAGCAGGAGGCUGGGAAGAUGAACUCUAAGAAGGCCAAGCGCCUCGAAAAGUAUAUUGACACAAAGCUGCGAAAAGACGAGAAUCGAGAGCUGUUGUCGAAAUUGGCGUCAAGAAAGAUCGACACGAGUUUAUUUUCGAGCAGUAAAUCGCUGGGUCAAGGCCGCGAGACAAAAAAACAGAGUCUGUCAAGAGCGCUGAGAGAGGCCAGGGCCGGAAUUGAGGAUGGAGAGGCGCUCUUGGAGGAGAGACGCGAGGUGGCGGAGGACGAUAGCGACGAGUAUAACGACAAACCCACCCUUGCGGCAAAGCCUACGCCCGUCGCGACCUCGAAGCCCGAGACCAAGCCUGCAGAAUCUACAAUUGUGACCGCACAACUCUCCGACGCAGUGGGGUCAGGAUUGAAACGACCACUCGAGGUUGAUGAGGAGGGCAGACCUUUAAUCCAAAAGCGACAAAAACGAGGCGGCGUCAAGUCCAAAGUUAGGGCUCCUGUCGAGCUUGCCUUUGUAGAGAGUGAGAAUGGAAGCGACGAAGACGAAGACGAAUGGAAUGGCGUCAGUGAUGACAAUGAGGGAUCCGAAGCCGAGGAAGACGAGGAAGACGACAAGGAAGACGAGGAAGACGACAAGGAAGACGACAAGGAAGACGAAGAAGAUGAUAGUGAUGACGAAGACGGCGAAGAUGAAGAUGAGGAUGCAGCAGCUCAAAGAUCACAAAGAUCUUCAAUGUUCAAAGCCUGGGCUACACAACAACGCAACGAAGCUCUAGGCUUCAAGCCAAAUGAGCCAACGACAAGCAACAUGGUGAUUCCGAGGCCGGAUAACUUCGUUCCUCGGGCCCCAGAGCAAGAACCGCUACCUGUGGAGCUGCAACCGACUGAAAAUACAGACAGAAAAGCGUUCAGUGUCACUGUCACAAGAACACCGGAGAUUCAGGAAGCGCGUUUGAAACUGCCAGUUGUUGCCGAGGAACAGAAGCUGAUGGAAGCUAUCCACAAUAACAACAUUGUCGUCAUAUGUGGCGCCACGGGUUCCGGCAAGACGACGCAAGUACCGCAAUUUCUGUACGAAGCCGGCUAUGGAGCUGCGGACUCGGAGACACCGGGCAUGAUUGGCGUCACGCAGCCACGUCGAGUUGCCGCUGUCAGUAUGUCUAAGCGUGUAGCCGAGGAACUCGGUGACCACUCUUCGGCUGUUGCCUAUCAGAUUCGAUUCGAGGGAAGCGUUGACGACAAGACUGCUGUCAAAUUCAUGACGGAUGGUAUUCUGCUCCGCGAAAUCGCCCAAGAUAUUACUCUCAAGAAAUACUCCGCCAUCAUCAUUGAUGAAGCCCACGAAAGAAGUGUAAACACGGACAUUUUGAUUGGCAUGCUGAGCAGAGUCAUCAAGCUCCGGGCCGAGCUGGCAGAGGAAGAUGCCAAGGUCAAGCCGCUGAAGCUCAUCAUCAUGUCUGCUACUCUUCGCAUCGAAGAUCUCACCAUGAACCCCAACUUGUUCCCCACACCCCCGCCAGUGGUCGAGGUGGAGGGCAGACAGCACCCAGUCACGAUGCAUUUUGCCCGCAAGACACACCACGACUACGUCGAAGAAGCGUUCAACAAAAUCAGCCGUGGACACAGGAAGCUUCCGCCUGGUGGAUUCCUCGUAUUUCUGACUGGUCGCAAUGAAAUUCUACAACUUAGCAAACGCUUAAAAGCCGCGUUUGGUGGGCUGAGAUCUGCCGAAGGCCCUCAAGUACGGAUAUCCGCUUCCGAAGCACCGAUGGAGGUGGAGGAUCUCGACUUUGGCGACGUGGACGACAAUACGCACGACGACCUGGACGAGAUAAUUUCAGACGGUGAGGAAGAGGAAGACGAGUUUGAAAUUGAGGAAGAGCAGGAAGCCGCUCCUCUAAAAGUACAGAUUCUGCCCCUCUAUUCGCUGCUUCCUACGCGCGAGCAGAUGAGGGUCUUUGAGCCCGCACCCGAGGGCACGCGACAGAUUAUCCUGGCCACCAACGUCGCUGAAACCUCCUUGACCAUCCCGGGCACUCGCUUUGUGUUUGACUGCGGCCGCGUAAAGGAUCGGAACUACGACCGCCAAAGCGGCGUGCAAAGCUACGACAUUGGUUGGAUCAGCAAAGCCAGCGCGAACCAGCGCGCAGGUCGCGCAGGCCGUACGGGCCCUGGUCACUGCUACCGACUGUACUCGUCUGCGGUUUAUGAGCGCGACUUUCAGGAGUUUGCCGACCCUGAGAUAUUGCGCAUGCCGAUUGAGGGUGUCGUUUUGCAGCUCAAGUCUAUGAACCUGCAGAAUGUCGUCAACUUUCCCUUUCCCACGCCACCGGAGCGGCAUCGCCUGGCCACGGCCGAGAAGCUCCUAGAAUACCUGUCCGCCAUCUCCUCGAGCGGCCAGAUUACACGGAUCGGCCAGACCAUGUCCGUGUUUCCCCUGUCGCCCCGCUUUGCACGAAUCCUCCUCGUCGGCCACCUGCACGACUGCCUGCCGUACACCAUUGCCCUCGUGGCCGGCCUGUCGGCUGCCGAAGUGUUCCUCCCCGAGGCGCAGGCCGUGCCCGCGCUCGCCGUUGCCGCCCAGGAAGACGGCAGCACGCUGCGCACAAACGCCGACGUGAUGGCCGAAACGCAGCAGGUGCAGGCGCGGCGGCUGUUCAACGAGGUGCACCGCCACUUUUGUUACCUCGACGACAAGUCGGACGCCAUGAAGCUGCUGCAGGUCGUGUGCGAGUUUGCGCACGAGCCGACCGAGGCGUGGUGCGCGAGCCACUUUGUGCGCUUCAAGGUGCUGCGGGAGGUGCAGCAGCUGCGCAGGCAAAUCACGGACCUGCUGCGGACGACGAUCCCGUCGUUUGCCAGCCUCCAGCACAAGGAGAGGCUGGACCCGCCGUCGCCGAAGCAGGUGGCGGCGCUGAAGCAGAUGGCGGCCGCGGGCUUCAUCGACCAGGUCGCGAUUCGGGCCGACAAGGCGCCGGUGCCGCCCGCGCACCACCGCAAGCCGAGGCGGGCCAUCGACGUGCCGUACGUGCCGCUCGUUCCGCUCCGCGGAGCGUCCACCGGCGGCGGCGAGGACGGCGGUCUCGUGUACAUUCACCCCACGUCGCCCCUGGCGCACCUCGGCGUGCAGGAGUGCCCCGAGUAUGUUGUCUACUCGUAUCUGCAGCGCGCGACGGCACCGCUCGGCGACGGAGGGGCCAAGACGCCCAAGACGAGGAUGCACGCGCUCACCGAUGUCUCGGGCGCGCAGCUGGCCGGCCUCGCCAAGGGCACGUCGCUGCUGACGUACGGAAAGCCGAUCAAGGAGACGCGCGCACCGUCGGCGGCUGUGGACGCGGGCGCCACGCGCGAGUGCUGGGUCAACCUGUACCUGCGGGCGGAGAAUACGGGUGGGCAGGGCUGGCAGCUGCCGGCGAAAAAGGUCAAGCAGAGAAAGAUUGCCGGCCGGGGAUGGGUGGUUGAAUGA